GGCGGCGGCGGCGGCGGGGCGGGGCGGGCCGAGCCGCCGCCGUGGCCGGGCCGGGCGGCGCGGGGGAGCGGCCGUGCCGCCGCCGCAGCGCCAUGGCCAAGAGCCGCGGGGGCGGCGGGCCCGGCUCGCCCGGCAGCCGCCACGGCCUGGCCGGCACCCGCGAGAGCCUGGCGGCCGAGCCGGGCGCCGAUGAGCUCAGCUCCCUCGGCUCCGACUCCGAGGUCAACGGCGGCGGCCCCGACGAGCGGCGCGUCGACAAGUUCGGCUUCAUCGUGGGCAGCCGCAGCGCCGAGGGGCCGCUGGAGGAGGUUCCCCUGGAGGUGCUCAGGCAGCGUGAGUCCAAGUGGCUGGAUAUGCUCAACAACUGGGACAAGUGGAUGGCCAAAAAGCACAAGAAGAUCCGACUGCGCUGCCAGAAGGGGAUCCCACCCUCGCUGAGGGGCCGUGCCUGGCAGUACCUCUCCGGGAGCAAAGUCAAACUGGAGCAGAACAUCGGCAAAUUUGAUGAACUAGAUCUCCUCCCAGGAGACCCCAAGUGGUUGGAUGUGAUUGAGCGGGAUCUCCAUCGGCAGUUCCCUUUCCAUGAGAUGUUUGUCUCGCGUGGAGGCCACGGGCAGCAGGACCUGUUUCGGGUGCUGAAGGCCUACACGCUGUACCGCCCGGAGGAGGGCUACUGCCAGGCCCAGGCCCCUAUUGCUGCCGUGCUGCUCAUGCACAUGCCGGCCGAGCAAGCGUUCUGGUGCCUGGUGCAGAUCUGCGAGAAAUACCUCCCCGGCUACUACAGUGAGAAGCUGGAGGCCAUUCAGCUGGAUGGGCAGAUCCUCUUCUCACUGCUGCACAAGGUGUCGCCUGUGGCCUACAAACACCUGAGCAAGCAGAAGAUCGACCCCAUCCUCUACAUGACAGAGUGGUUCAUGUGCGCCUUCUCCCGCACGCUGCCCUGGAGCUCCGUGCUGCGCGUCUGGGACAUGUUCUUCUGCGAAGGGGUGAAGAUCAUCUUCCGGGUUGGCCUUGUGCUGCUCAAACACACGCUGGGCUCCUCGGACAAGCUCAAGUCCUGCCAGGGCCAGUACGAGACCAUGGAGAGACUGCGAGCCCUCAGCCCCAAGAUCAUGCAGGAGACCUUCCUGGUGCAGGAGGUCAUCGAGCUGCCUGUGACGGAGCGGCAGAUCGAGCGGGAGCACCUGAUCCAGCUGAAGAAGUGGCGGGAGAUGCACGGGGAGCUGCAGUGCAAGUCCCCCCCGCGCCUCCAUGGCGCCAAGGCCAUCAGCGACGCGGAGCCCCCCACCCGCAAGGUGCUGGAGCCCGUGCCCUCCAUCAUCAUUCCCCCCGGGCCAGCCCCCGUGCCCAAAGCCCGCAAGAGCAAGGAGAAGAGCCGAGAAAAGGGCCUGGGCGGCCCCGCCAACGGCCCCGGAGCCGAGGGCAACAGUGCGCCCGUCUCUGCCCGGGAGCUGCUGCACCCCCAGGUCUCUCCCCACCACCAGUCCAAGGAGAGUCUGAGCUCCCGGGAGAGCGAGGACACGUACUUGUAGGGCCGGCACGUUGCUGGGCCCCCGCCCCCCCGGGCAGGCCGGGCUCAGCUGGGCUGUGCACGCACCCGGGCUGAAGGACGUUCUUUCCUCCGCGCUCGAGGGGUGGGGGGAAAGGGGACCCAUGGGGCCUGGUGUCACAGGGCCUCUGGGCUGGAGAGAUGCAGACGGGCCGAUGCCCUGCAGGGCUGGGCUAGCCUAUGGGGGCACCGUGACCCCCGUGGGCAGGGACCGCAGGGGCACCCGCUCGGGGCAGAUGAGCUGUGGUCCCACAGAGGUGUCUGUGGGAGCCGUGGUGCUGAGCCACCCGUGCUCCUGUGCUGCUUGGGGGCUAGGCUGUCCCCUCAGGCUCCUCUCCCCGUGCCAGCGCUGUCCUGUCACCCUCCCCAGCCCCUCACCCUGCGUCCCCAGGGUCCCUCCUGCUGUCGCUGGUCCCUGGUGUCCAUCCUGCUGAGCCCGUGCCGCCUGGGGCGGACCCCGGGCCCCCUUCCCGAGCGCUUGCGCCUCGUACAGCGGGCCUGGGGGUACGCGAGGAGCCGGGGGGGCCCUCUUCAUCUAGUGCGGGUGUAGUAAGCUGUAGCCCAAUACGUAGUACCGAAUUUACCUAUUCCCCGAGCCUAUUUAUUGUUCCUCGGGGGCAGUGACGGUCGCAGGACGGAGGCGGUUUGGGGUUGGGGGCCGUUGGGUGCUUUUGGCCCCCUCCCUCGCUCCUACCUGCCUUCCUUGGCCCAGUGCCCCCUGGGGCAGCGCUGGCAGGGGCUCCUCUCUCCCUCUCUCUCCAAGGGCUGGGGGCGACUUUGUAAAAUAAAGCGGUAAAAAUGGUUUUGUACAAAGGGUAAAUAAAGCAGGAUUGUGUAAAGGCA